CGUGAAUUCAGUGAGCACUUAUUAGGACCCGUCCGUGUGCUCAGAGCCACCUUAGUUGGCGCAGCAGCAGAGUGGGUGGCCUCUUUCUUCAGGGGUUCCGUAGUCCCAUUAGGGAAGUGGGUGUUGAUGUCAUUUGAGCCCCAAAUACACAAGUUGUGUCUGAAAGGCUCUUCUGUAAUCCUAGGCUUUAAUGGAUGCGUGAGUUUUUAGUAAGCAGGCAUUUACUGAAUGCUUACUGUGUACCCUGGACUGUAGGGAUAGAAAAUAAACUAGGCACAGCCGUUGCAUGGGAUCUGCCCUCGGAGAGAAACUGUCAGUGUAAGGAGGAGGUAGUGACCGCAGCUGCGCCUGGGGUUGGUGCGGAGAAGGCAGGGUCUGUAUGGGAUGCUGGAGGGCUCCAGGGAGGCGCCCAGCUGCACCCACGGUGUCUGCGUAGAGUGGUAGGAAUUCGGGUGGGAAAGGCCGAGGUUUCCCGGAGCGAGGCUGUGUCCCUAGGGCAGCCCGAAGGCUGUCAGGAUGACCAUGGGAGUCUUUGCGAAUUGUACCUUCUGCUUGAAUAUCAAGCACUUACCUCGCCAACAGAAGAAAAAGCUACAAACUGACAUCCAGGAAAAUGGUGGAAACGUCUCCUUUAUAUUAAAUUCCCAGUGCACACAUAUAAUCUCAGACAGUGCUGGUGAUCUGAGCAAAUAUCAUUUGAACUAUAUCCAGAAGAAUCAUAUCCACAUUGCAAACCCAGAUUUUAUAUGGGAAUCUAUCAAGGAAAGGAGACUCUUGGAUGUAAAAAAUUACAGCCCUAACAAGUCACUGGACAGCACACUACCUCUUUAUCAAGGGGCCAGCAGCUCUGAAGUGAAAACAGACGAUGGAUGCCUGGACAACUCCGCAGAGACAGGAGGCGUGGAGCUCACUAAGUUUUAUACAGAGAAUGUUGAAAUUCCUCAUUUUCCUCAAGAUUUUGAAGUUGCAAAAUAUAACGCCUUGGAAAAAGUGGGAACGGAGGGAGUCCAGGACAUCGCAGUGCUGGAGCUGCAGUGCCCCCAGGACCCCGGGCACCCCACCUUCCGCAUCUCCGCGUGCUUCCACCCCACAGGGGUCACCGAGACCAGAAGGCAGUUCUUAGUGAGGCCAACCUCUGCAGAUGCAAGUGAGUGCUAUGAAAAUUACAUCGAAGAGCUGAAGAAGCAGGGAUUUCAGCUAAGAGAACAUUUUACCCCCGAAGCCACCCAGUUAGCAUCUGGAAAGUUGCAAGCAUGGCUUCUGGAGGAGGAUAUACGUUCAAGUGCUCUGAGCCAGGAGGUGAGCGAUUUGGUGGAGAUGGUUUGGGCAGAGGCCCUCGGCCACCUGGAGCACACGCUCCUCACGCCUGCGAACAGGAUCAGCCUUAACGACGUGAGCAAGGCAGAGGGAAUUCUACUCCAUGUAAAGGCAGCACUGAAAAGUGGAGAAACGGAAGAACAAUUACAAAAGAUGAUGAGUGAGUUCUACAGACUAAUACCUCACAGAGGUUCAACCACUGAAGAAGUUAACCUGAGGCUGUUAGCCAAGAAAGAGGACCUCUGCCAGCUAAUAAGAGACAUGGCUAACGUCAACGAAACUAAUUUGUCCAAACGCAACCCACCGUCUCUUGCCAAAUACCGAGCUUUGAGAUGCAAAAUUGAGCAUGUUGAACAGAACACAGAAGAAUUUUUCAGAGUUAGAAAAGAGGUUUUACAGAAUAAUCGCAGUCAAAGUCCAGUGGACAUCCUGCAGAUAUUCAGAGUUGGCCGAGCAAGCGAGACCACAGCGUUCCUGAGCCAGCUUGGCAACGUGACAUCCUUGCUGCACGGGUCUCCCGUGCGAAGCUUUGUAGGAAUCCUGUCUCGCGGGUUGCUUCUGCCCAAAGUGGUCGAAGAUCGCGGCGUGACAAGAACAGACGUUGGAAACCUGGGGAGCGGGAUCUACUUCAGUGAUUCACUCAGUACGAGUACUAAGUACUCACACCCCGGAGACACAGAUGGCACUAGACUCCUGGUCGUCUGUGAUGUGGCCCUCGGGAAGUGCUUGGACUUGCACAAGAAGGACUUCUCCUUGACGGAGGCACCGCCCGGCUAUGACAGUGUCCAUGGGGUUCCAGGAACAGCCACUGUCACCACGGACUUCGAGGAUGAUGAAUUUGUUGUAUAUAAAACCAAUCAGAUUAAAAUGAAAUAUAUUAUUAAAUUUUGUUUACCUGGAGAUGAAAUAAAGGACUUUCAUCCCUGUAAUAAUAUCGAAUUAGAGGAAUACACGCCCGAGAUUUCAAAUUUUCCAACAGUUGAAGAUUACCGGUUACCAGACAGCGGGCCCUCCAGCAGCCUCGGGGCCGGCCUCCAGGAUGCCUCCGGGAACUCGGUUCCUCUUGAGGACGUGUGCAUCAAGGGGAAAAUAAUAGACUUCGUAGCCCAGGUCAUUGUUUUUCAGACAUACACAAAUCAGAGUCAUGUGCCCAUUGAGGCAAAAUACGUUUUUCCUUUGGAUGAUAAGGCAGCCGUGUGUGGUUUCGAAGCGUUCAUCAACGGGAAGCACAUAGUGGGGGAGAUUAAAGAGAAGGAAGCCGCCCACCAGGAAUAUCGAGAAGCCAUCAGUCAAGGCCAUGGCGCUUACCUGAUGGACCAGGAUGCACCUGAUGUGUUUACCGUAAGUGUUGGAAACUUACCCCCCAAGGCUAAGGUCCUCAUCAAGAUCACCUACAUCACGGAACUCAGCAUCCAGGGUACCGUGGCUGUCUUCUUCAUGCCUGCCACUGUCGCACCUUGGCAACAGGACAAAGCUCUGAAUGAAAACAUCCAGGAUACAGUAAAGAAGAUUUCUAUAAAGGAAAUAGGAUCAAAGCAAAGCUUCUCGUUGACUAUGUCUAUUGAGAUGCCGUACGUGAUUGAAUUUAUUUCUAGUGAUACACAUGAACUGAAAAAAAAGAGCACAGACUGCAAAGCCGUGAUCAGCACCGUGGAGGGGAGCACUUUAGACAGCAGCGGAUUUUCCCUCCGCGUCGGCUUGACUGAUGCACAUCUCCCGAGAAUGUGGGUUGAAAAGCAUCCAGAAAAAGAAAGCGAGGCCUGCAUGCUGGUUUUCCACCCGGAUCUCGGCAGCGCCUUCUCUGACACAGCCGAGAGGAGCGAAGUGGUGAUUUGUCUCGACUGCUCCAGUUCCAUGGAGGGUGUGACAUUCUUGCACGCCAAGCAGAUUGCCUUGUACGCGCUGUCCUUGGUGGGCAUGGAGCAGAAGGUGAACGUUAUCAGAUUUGGCUCAGGUUACCAAGAGCUGUUCUCAUACCCCAAGUGCCUCACGAGUGACAGUGUGGCAGCCGAGUUCAUCACGUCCGCCUCGCCCACCAUGGGAAGCACAGACUUCUGGAAAGUGCUCCGAUAUCUGAGUUUACUGCCGCCUUCUCAGGAGUUACGGAACGUCCUCCUCAUAUCUGAUGGGCACCUGCAGAGUGACAGCCUGACGCUGCAGCUUGUGAAGCGGCAUGUCCAGCACACCAGGCUGUUCUCCUGCGGGGUCGGUUCCACAGCAAACCGUCACCUACUAAGGACUCUGUCCCAGCAUGGUGUUGGAGCAUUUGAAUAUUUUAACUCAAAAUCCAAAUAUAGUUGGAAAAAACAGAUAGAAGACCAGAUGACUCGGUCCCGUUCUCCGAGCUGCCACUCUGUCUCCGUGACAUGGCAGCGGCUCAGCCCCGAGGCGCCCGAGCCCCUGCAGGCCCCGGCCCAGGUGCAGGCCUUGUUCCAUGGUGACCGGCUGCUGGUCUACGGCUUCAUCCCCCACUGCACACAGGCAACUCUACGGGCAUUAACUCAAGAGGAAGAAUUUUCUACGAUGGUGUCAACUACGGAACUUCAGAAGACAACUGGAACUAUGAUCCACAAGCUGACAGCACGAGCUCUGAUCAGAGAUUAUGAAGAUGGCAUUCUCCACGAUGACGAAACGAAUCACGAGAUGAAGAAGCAGGUGUUAAAGUCUCUCAUUAUUCAACUCAGUAAAGAAAACUGUCUCAUAACGCAGUUCACAAGCUUUGUGGCCGUUGAGGAAAGGGAUGGUAAUGAGUCACCUUUUCCUAAUACUCCAAAUAUUUUGGAGCUUGUCGCCAAAGAUGUGGACAUCUUGCCGUACAUGAGCUGGCAGGAGGUGCAGCCCUGUGGCUUCAAUGCACCUUGUGGCAGUGCGUGGCAGCCUCUGUCGGCAUCCUCUGACUGGCAUGGAGAAUUCCAUCUGUCUAAAAGAAAACAGAAACCAUCUACGGUGGAAGUGUUUGGAGUUCUCGAAGGUCUUAGCUUAGCCUCCAAAGCACCAGAAAAACAUUUCAGAUCUGGAUGGAAAUGCACACAUGCAGAAACGCCAUUGGACUUGAGUCAGAUGGAGCCGCGUACAUGCAAAGGAGCUGGCACACCGCUGGCGACUGCCAUCUCACCGCAGAUGGCUGUCUGCAGAUCUUUUGCUACCCCUAGGCCGGCGGCCUCCCCAGCCGCCCUGGGCUCUGUUAGCUUUUCUCACCCCUGCCCACCCCGUGAACCUCCUCACAGCUCUCUGUUCAGCUUUUGUAGUGCUGAACUGUCUGGUCCAGCUACGAGUGACCUAAUCCCUGAGGCUGGCUGCAGCAUCAAUGUCUUCCCUGAGCAGGAUUCAGCCCUCAGAGGGCUUCCCCCAAACCCACCUGUUGAAUCUUUUAUUGGCCCUGCUUUUGCAGGUGGCUUGUUUGGCUCCAGACAGUGUUCUCUCCCUACAAAUUAUAAAGGCCUGCAGGCCUUGGGUAAUGCGGGCACGUUCCUCGAGGUGGACUCUUCCCCGCAGCCCAGUCCUCCUUUCUCUUCUCCCAGUCUGUCUCCCCCGUUUUCAGCUGCGGACUCUACCUUGCUUCCUCCAUCUGAUUUCUCCACUUUUAAUUUUCUGGAGUCUGCAACUCCCUUGAGCACCAGCUACAUGCAGCCAGCACACCUACUUGGCCUUGGUUACCAUGGAUAUGGGGCUUCUCCAUCAAAUCUUCCUGCCAGAAAUGCAGUGUCUCGCCAAGGUCUGCGUUCGGCUGUCCCAAGGUCUUUUGGAACAGAAAAUGAUGAAACACGAGGAUUUCUGAGAAUAACGCCGUUUAAAAAGGUGGCCAAAUCUCAUGUAGCAGGAAGAGAAUUUACUGCAAGCUCUCAGGCGUGGGAAAACCAGGGCCCCGGCAUCUGCCAACAAAGCCAGAGGAGUUCUGUGCCGUGGACCGGGCUUUUCAGGCUGCAGACUGAGGAUGGCUUUUGGAAACUUACACCAGAACUGGGAGUCAUAUUAAACCUUAAUAUAGAUAUUUUAAACAGCUUUCUUGAACAAAAAGGCAUUCUAUCUCUAGGUGUAAAAGGAAGAGAACGUCUCCUGGACCUGAUCGCCACAUUUCUGGUGCUGCAGUUUCUUCGCACCCAGUUGGAACAGAAGGGAAUAGUGUUCAAAUCCCUGAUGAAACUGGACGAUGCCGCCGUUUCCAGGGAUAUUCCCUGGGCUUCUGAGAAAAUAAAGAAAGCAAGUGAAUGGGUAAGAAGAACUGAAGGACAGUAUCCAUCUAUCUGCCAGCGGCUUGAAUUGGGUAAAGAUUGGGAUUCUGCCACUAAACAGCUACUGAGACUCCAGCCCGUAAACACCACUUCUCCUCUCCACAGAGUUCUUAAUUACGGUCAAGGGUGAAUCAAAUGAAGUUUGUAUUUUAAACGUUUUUCAUGCUUCUAUCCAUAAAAUAAUCAAAUAUUAAUAGAUACUUAUAAUGAAAUUGAAUUCUGAUUUUUAUUGACUAGCAAUAAGUCACUUUAAAAUAAAUGGAAACAAUUUGUUAUCUCAAUGAACUAACAAGCUAUAAUAAAAUAAAAAUUACAAUAUUAUA